CACAAACUCUCAUUCGCACCAACCUCUCCCCAAUCUACCCAAUACACUUCCACUUCCCAUCUCACUAUCCUUCCUGCUCCCUCUCCGACUUACUCCUUCCACCGUCACCAUGCGAUCCAAGUUCAAGGACGAGCAUCCCUUCGAGAAGCGCAAGGCUGAAGCCGAACGCAUCCGUCAAAAAUACUCUGACCGUAUCCCCGUCAUCUGCGAGAAGGUCGAGAAGUCGGACAUCGCCACCAUCGACAAGAAGAAGUACCUCGUCCCCGCCGACCUGACCGUCGGCCAGUUCGUCUACGUAAUCCGCAAGCGCAUCAAGCUAUCGCCCGAGAAGGCCAUCUUCAUCUUCGUCGACGAGGUCCUACCCCCCACUGCCGCGCUCAUGAGCAGCAUCUACGAGGAACAUAAGGAUGAGGACGGCUUUCUCUACAUCUCCUACUCCGGCGAGAACACCUUCGGUGCCUUCGAGUCCGUCUAG